AUGAGUCGUCAAGAUCCUGCUGGUAGAUACAACAAUGCUGCUACUGGAUACAACAACACUGGCAGUACAAAUAGUGCCAAUUCUCAAACCGAGCAAUUAAAAUCAUUGAGAUGUGUCUUUUGCGAUAUGGACAAGCCCCUUGAUGCCUUUUCCGCCACACAAAUCCAAAAGGCUACCUACAACCCUUAUGCCCCUCCCUCUUUCAACGCCAAAAAGAAGACCAUCAGCUGCAAAAAGUGCACUCCUGCCCAAACUACUCAGCUGACUUGCAUGAUCUGCUCCAAGACCUUGCCACUGGACAAGUUUGCAAAGUCUCAACGUAGAAACGCUGAAAAGGCUCGCUGUAUCAAAUGCAUCAAGAAGCGUGAAGAAGAGGACGUUUGGGCAUCUGACCCUGAUACCGAUAGUGAAGAUGAUUACUAUUAA